UCACGACCUCAGGAUUACUCUGGUGUUUGACAACCAGAUCACACAUUCUAAGUAUGAGACCUGCGCUCUUCCAACUGAGCCAAGCUCCCUCUGGAUGACGAUUUCGCACAUUUGCCGGUACUUAGGGAGGCUGCAUGCCCGCGCCAAGCUUAUGAGCUAUGACGACAUCAUUGCCACCAAGACCUUCAAGACAGCGGACACCAACAUUCUUUGGAGACAAAGCCAGAGACGCCAUCGGACAUGCCGUAGCAGCGUAGGUAAAUUCAUCUGAAAUCUGAGGGCCAGGCCAGAUUUUCGCUGGAUCCAUCACAAAUACUGUCGAUCACAAACGUCGCAUUCUCCCAAAUAGGCAACUCUCAACUGAACAAUACUUACACGAGAUCUACGCUUAUCGAUAUCUACACCACACGGUAGCAACUACACCGCGAGCCCAUCCAUCAUGGAUUCUGCAGGCGCAAAAUCAGCCAUGUCAAACGAUAUGAAAGAACUGAGGGAGGGCAAGGAGGAAAUCACCAACGAAAUCCGCGGCCACCUGGCAAACCUCUCCAACCCAAAUACCAGCGACAAGUCCAAGGACCAUAGCAAAGAAGAGCUAGAGUGCCUUGGAGGAAGGGAUACUCUCGAGGCGCAUCGGAAUAAACCAAUCAGCAAGAGCGCAGCCGAAGAGUUGUAUGGGAGCAGGGCUGCUGCGGGCUGAUUGUCAACUGUUGGUCGGGACUCGGGAGAUGGUGUUUGGAAGCUUGGUGUUAAUGUUCUACUUUAGGAUUCGUAUACUAUCAUGAUCUAGGAU